GGUGUAAACUAAGGAUUACCCUUUAUUGCCGUCCUCCGUUUGCGCAAUCUGUGAGAUUUCUUUAUUUUUAGAGCAUUUUUUGGGUGGAAGUUUAAAACGGAGCUAGUAGUACUAGUAAAUGAUGCCGUGCACUGCCGGCUCAAGAACAACGAUCCCUAACGCCAAAAUCCCCGCACUUUCCAUUUUAUAUAAAAAGCGCAGGGUGACAGAUUGCUUGCACGAACGCUAACACCAACACAAAAGCAAAAAGACCACAUUUCCUAGUUUUCUCAGAAUCUGUAACCCAACAUUCUCGAUAAAGGAACAGCCCCCUCUGAAUUCUCGUAAUCACCACCAACAUAGUUCGUUCGCAUCCACUUCCUUAUGGAAUCCACAAAGACCAAAUUACAGAGCAAAAGCAGAAAGAAGAGUGAGAGCAUGAAUAAGAAGAAUAGGUUAUUUCAGUGCUUUAGACCGGUCUCCAUGGACGGUUCUCUUAAAACCGUAUGUCGUACGGACGGCCGACCGGACGAUCCUAUUUUCACACGUAUGGCUGCGGGAGAUAAAGAGGGCAUGGAGUUCCGGAGGAUAUCGCCGCCGAUUUUGGCGUUGGAUCGUGCGCACAAAGAGGAAGAAGGCAGCGUUGACAGGCGAAAGAAAGACGGGAACGGCCGGCUCUCGAGGAUAUUGAAAACAGUUUUCACCGCGAAUUCAUUGGCUAAGAAAAAUAAGAAAAGAAAACUUGGACGAGGCUCGUUUCGAUCAGAAUCCAAUAUUAGCGCAAGCUCCAUUGCUAUGUCAGACUCGCUGGAUGAAAAUUCAAUGCAUAAACCCAAACUGUUCGAUGAUAACAACCUAAGAGCUGAUUCGAAUGUUUCUUCAUCUUUACGUUGUUCUUCUGCACUCACUUCGACCUCCUUCGAUUCUUCCCGUUCUAGCUCAUGUACUACUUCCGAUACGAGGUCUUCAUCUCAGAGAUCCAAGUCGUUUGGACCGAAUGCAGCAGAGUCUAAACAGAGGGGGCAAGAUAGCGUCCAAACUGCUUUGUGUUUGAUUCUCGUUAGUCUCGUGGUUUUGAUAUUUUGCGGCAAGAUUUGCUCUAUUUUGUUUACUUCAACGUGGUUUAUCUUAACACGUUGGAGCGCCAGACACGAGUAUCUCAAUCUGGAGGAUGGGGCAGAGUCCCCAAAGAUUGUCUCGAACUUGGAGUUAGAGUCGGAGGAAUAUAAUAAGAACAAGUUCGUCGUGGAAGGACCAUUGAGAAGGAACCGUGCUCGCUUAUUGACAUUCUGAUCUUUAUCUUGUUCCAUUUUUGUUUCUUGGAUCUGGCAAAGAACGAGCAAUAAAUGGUUAAAUGGUCUUGUAUUGUGUAGUUCUUUUGCCUUUUGUAUAUCUUUGAGAGGUAUUUGGGAGGUUUUGUUGCA